CCCCGCGGCCGGUGGGAGGUGGCCGCCGGCGGGUGGGCGGGCGAGGACCUUGGCGCUAGCCUCCUGUAUUUCACAGAAGGCCUCCGGAAAUGGAUGGUGCAGCACGGUGGGGACGGCUGGGUGGUGGAGGUAAACAGGUCGACGGUGCCUGGGGCCCCCUCGCAGACCUGCUUCGUGUCUUCCUUCAGCUGGUGUCGCAAAAAGCAGGUGUUGGACCUGGAGGAGGAGGGUUUGUGGCCAGAGCUGCUAGAUAGUGGCAAGAUUGAGAUUUGUGUCUCUGAUUGGUGGGGAGCCCGACACGACAGUGGCUGUAUGUACCGACUCCUUGUCCAACUUCUAGAUGCUAACCAGACUGUCCUGGACAAAUUCUCUGCUAUGCCCGUCCCCAUCCAGCAGUGGAACAACGAUGUCUGCUUUCAGGUCACCCACGUGUUCUCCAACAUCAAGAUGGGCGUCCGCUUUGUGUCUUUCGAACACUGGGGCCAGGACACGCAGUUCUGGGCUGGUCACUAUGGAGCUCGUGUGACCAACUCCAGUGUGGUGGUGCAGGCCCGGCUAUCUUAGUGGAGGGCUGUCCUUGCACAACAACCUGACCAGUGCCUUCCAGGACUGGGGACCAUUGGCCAGGACUUCUCAUUAACUAAGGGCACGUACCUCCCUGGCAUCCUGGGUACUCCAGGAUCCCUUUGAUGGUCCUCCCGGGCCCCCUCUUCAGGUUUGGAAAGUACUAGAAGAAAGUUCUUUCUUCAGAGCUACCUACUGCUGUUAUAGGGCAGUCCUCCCCCCGGAGGCCCUCUGAUUCAGCCCCAGUCCCCUCUGCCCUGUCUCCUCUCCUUUCUGCUUCCAGGGGGCUUUAUCAGUCCCUUUAGAGAAGACCGCUCAUCUCUGAAGUACCAUCUCCCCCUUAUGGAUGGGAGAAUUCCAGCCACCGUGGGUGGCAAACUUAAUCCCCCGCAGCUUCAAGGCUGGGACCAGGUCUCACAGCUGAGAGCCAACCAGCUCAAAAAAUGUGUGGAGAUUCUCAAGGACCCCUGUGAUUGUAUGGUGUAUAAAUUAUUUUUUAUUUUGAAAUUUUCCGCAAACAUGGAGAGAAUAAUAUAUCAGCAACAACUAUCUGCCGAUCAUAUGUAAUAAAUUUUAUUAUUUUGCCAAAA